GCCAAAGACGGGGAAGGAGAGUAAGAAACGCAAACCUUGAUGUUCCGCGCUGCGCUUACAGCAGGUGAAUGAGAUGCCCGAUAAUGGCCGACCCCAGAGUAGGUAGUGGUGGAUAGGAGAUAGUCUCUUGAUUUGACUGAGACACGAGAUGGCAGGCAGUCUUUUGAUGAAGGUGACGGAUGCCUCGAAGCCUUCAAAGGUCUUUAGUGGAUGCGCCUAGGCAGUCUGAAGUGACGCAUCGCCUAUUGAUGGCCGUACUAUGAGGGGAAAUGUAAGAUGGAUUGGUGAUGAAAGCCGUAACCCAACCUCCAAAGUGAGGAUUCUCGAUGGCGAGGCCCAAACCAGGCGACUAUCGUGGGCUUUGUCUCAUUCCAGAGGGGGGCAGACUGGGAUGAGGUUGUGGGAAAGCGCGACGAAGUUGACCAAAGACGAAGGCUGCGCGCCCAGGCUCAGGCGUAAAGUGGGGCAAAUGCACCUGCCCAGUGAGGCACAGCUGAACACCCACGGCAACUCCUUCCCGUCCGCACGGAAGGCUGAAAGGGGCCGGAAAUUCAUCGGGCCGGAUGUCAUGUUUUCUUUUUCGGCAAGGCAGGCCGUAGGGCAGGGCAGGACAGGACAGCAGGAGACACGGUCUACCUUAGCCAGACUCGAGAACAUUGGGAAGAGGCAGCAAGUAGCUGACAGACAACGCAGCUUGAUUUGCUGCAAGUCGUACAUGUCUUGUGCCUUGUGGGGGGCGGAUUUCGACGUGCAGCCUGCAGCAUCAAAGACCGCAGGUGGCAUAUCAUGCAUUAGUUGUGAAGCACGCACUGUCUUUGUGCAUCCAGAUCAUCUGAGAAACAAGGAUCUUGAGGGGCAAUAUCUGACUACAUGACAAGUCUCAUAGGACAUCUGGGACUGCUGUCAUUGGGCUAGAUUGGCAGGCCAUGGUGAUAUGCUAUGCUCAAGGGCAAUUUGAAGCUGCUCGAGCGAGGCUUGAAAAGGUAGAGAUUCGAAUAUCUCAACUGGGAGCAUCUAGAUGCUAGUCCAUCGCGCAGACGCAGGCGCAGGGCAUCUGAGUUCAACCAGGAGC